GAACGACGACCGAGAGAAGCUGGGCCUUGUUGUACCCAGCACUCCAUCCGUUUUCAAAAUGGCGGGUUUUUAGCAAUACGGAAACCGUUCCUUUCCUUUUUUGCUUUAAUUUUUGAUUUUGUUGUCUGUAAUGGAAUUCCAGCCCGUAUAAAGUUUCCAAAGAGGAUGGAGGGAUCUGAACUUCGUCAAAUACGCGUUGUAAACAACGACAUUUCUUUUGGAAAAACCCAGCAAGAUGAAGAGACGGUACACAAAACUAAUUAAAGCUUGUCAAAUUUGCUUUCAAAUGUGUCAGGCUUAAAAUUGUAAACACCUUUCGUGCUUUUGAGCACCAGUACUAGUGUCUUUCGAGAUCAAACUUCAAAAAAUAUUUUGCAGUUAAUUUAAAAACUGUUGCACUGGUUACCUGCGGGUUUAAUAAUAGGUUUAAUGCUCAGUGGAUCGAUGACUUCUUGCUUUUUUGUUUGUUUUUUUUUUAGCAUUUUGUGUUCGAUGUUUUUAUAUGAAGUGUGUGUUGUUAGCCAUGGGGUGGUUUUGUAACUGUACUUGUGUUAAGUUGGGGAGAGUGGGUUUUGCAUUAUGAGUAAGGUGAAAUGUACGUACUGUUGCUGUGGUUAAUUUUUUUUACCUUGAUGCAAAUGUUUCUUCCUUUGUAUUUAGGUAUGGUUAUGUACAUUGUACAGAAUAACGUGUAAUUUAAAAUACGCAAUAAUCAAUAAAAUAGAAACACAUGAUAGAGUUAUGUAUUGGUGGCUUUCAUGCAAUCCCGGGAGACACAAAUAACAACGGUGAAAUGAACAAAUGCUGGUGGACAAACAAAGCGAGCUAAUGAGCGAUCUUUUGUUUACCGUCCACCAGCAUGGCGGCGAUGACGUAAUGCGAAAACCACCUAUGGUAACUUUGAUCUGUUUACUAAAUUAUUUGCUGAAGUUCCUUAUUUUUGUUUUAUUGUCAACAGCUGCAGUUACAUGACUUGCACUAUACAGGGGAUUCUACCUUCCUUCCAGGACCCUUUCAGCACAACAAAAAAUUUGCCUGUGUUUUUCUUCCGUGUGCUGUGCCACUGUUUUACAUUGGAGGAGAAUUGUAUGUAUAUUUAUCUAGAUAUUUUGACAGUAGUACUAAGUCCCAAGGAGGGGGGGUGGGGGGUUAAGCCCCAUAAGCUUUAUAUUAAAAAUAUCUUCUUAGCACAUUAGUUUAUAAGAUAGGUUUUAAAAUGUUAUUCUUGUUGUUUACAGGUUGUUUGGAUCAGCAGUUUUUUGUCUUCUGAUAACAUAUCUUGUAGACAACACCUCGAAGAGUAAACAAAGGUACAUGAUAUAUAAGAACAGCAGAACUUUUUUUUGGUUAUAUUCACUUGUCUUACAAGGCACAUUAUGCUUGAAAAAACCAAUUAGACUAGAGUAGCAUGCAAGUACACUAAUAAUACUUAUUAUUAUUAUUAACUAACGAGUUGCUUAAUUGUGUCAUAAUGAUUUUUAGAGUAAACAAAGAUUCAAUUCCAAGGAUAGAAAAACUUACCCUUAUUAUACACAAGCUUUCGAUUUGAUCGCAGAAUAAUGAUUCAUGCUAAUAAUCAUUCACUAAUAAAUUAAAUAUUAAAAUCAAAUUUGUUUUUGUAUUUUAAUGUACGUUUAAAAUUGGCCUUGUUUUUAAAAAGCCAACUGUAGUUGUCUCCUGCCAAUUGGAGUUUUUAUCCUGUUAUGUUAUAUUAAUAUUUUGUAUCUCCUGUUUCAAACUAUUUAAGUGAAGAGCCUGAAGACAAAGCUCUUUUUUUUACAUUUCAAACAAAGCCAUAGCCCUGUUUACUUUAAGCUCAAUUUUCACUGUCUAUUGUAAUUGAGGUAAAAAAAAAUUCAUGAAAAUUUAUAAUGAAUUAUAUUGCCUUUUUAUUUUCAGUUCUUUGGUUGCCUAUGUUCUUUCAGUGCUAAUUUUCCAGUUAACAUCUGUGUAUUGUCUUGUUCCAUUUCUUUGGUAAGUUUGAUAGCCACUUGUACAGGUUGCCAGUAUUUAGUCUUGCGUGCAUGCAAAAAGUUUUUACAGAAUGAUUCAUGUAAAAAUUGUUUGUGUUACAAAAAAUGAAAUAAAAAAAUCAGAAAUUAUUAAAUAUUAUUUUCUCUUGUUUGUCUCAGGAAAUCGGUGUUUAAUCUGGGUCUCAUAUUUAUUUACAAUGUAUUCAUUGUGCUGUCAGGUAAGAUUGCACUUUCUGUUUCAUGAACUAUUGCAGAUUUAUUUAUUUUGAAGUAAUUACACUGUACUUAUACACUUUCUUUAUAACCACGACAUAAUAUUGCUUUUAGUUGAACAUUAAGAAGUCUAAUCAUAGAGGGGUAUGACUGCUUAAUUUUUAAAGACUACAGCCACAUUAUGCUGUCUUGUAGGUGGGGUUGGUCUUCUUCAGUUCAAGCAAUUACAGACUGAAGAGCCUGAAUUUGUUAAGGUAUAAGAGCCAAUUCUUUUGGAGUAUGUAAUGUGAAGUAUGGAGUAUUCAUAUGUAUCAUGUGGCACAAAAUUUUUGCGGGUUCUAAUUUUUGUGAUUUUUUCAGCAAUCCGCAAAAAUAAGUUCCUGCAAACAUUUUUCCCACAAAAAUUUAGUCCAGAGUAAAUAUUCUCUAACUUAAAUUCGCUACACAAAAAUACAGUACUAAGAGAUUGUGUUUGUUCAAUUACAACUUUUACUUGCCUCUUUCAUUCAGAAACAAGACAGUUUACAAUGAAUGACUGGUUUUACAUAGGGUACGCAUGCCGUAGUUCUAUUUCGGUUGCACAUACUCAACAAAAAUGAAAAUACUAUCAAUGCUGAGUACUGGGUACUUUCUGAAAAUCGCAAAAAUUAAUUCCCAUCGAGAAAAACCUAUCUGUCCUAAUUGCAAAAGUUAGUUCCCGCAAAACAAAAAAUCGCCAAUCCACAAAAAUAAACUUCCGCAAAAAUUUCAUGGCAGACGGUAUAGGCAGACACCCAUAGGACACCUCUGCUGGUGUCUGCCUAAUAGAGGUGUCUGCUAGACACUAAGUUUAUUUUACUCAAAAUGUGGGAGGUGCCACAUAUGAAAUUAAGCUAUUUGUCCACUAAAUACAGGGUGUCUGCUUAAUACUGGUUUUGCUGUAAAAAAGUAUAAAUCAAUUUGUCCGUGAGAGUCAAGGUUUUAAUUUUCUAGAUCCAUAUUGCAAAACCCAAAAAGAACGUAUUCUACAGAAGCAAGGUCAAACUAUUAUUGUUCUCUCAAGACAUUUUGACAUCAUGUCGUAUUUUUCACAUCGCCAACAGUUCCCUGGUGACGUAACAGUUGACUGAUCAACACUGUCAAAGUCUUAUUUACAUGUACAUUGUUAUUUUCUUUUCAUUCAGAACGUGGAAUAUGUCCUGUAUAUUAGUUAUCCAAUCGUUGGCCAGUUGACCUUGACUGCAGUGGCGGGAAAUGUUUUCAGCUGGGCUGUGUCUCCUUUCUUUUGUAUUUUAUUUGGGUAUGUACCAGUCUAAAUUAUACAUAAAACAAAGUAUAAUUAUCGCAUAUAGCACUGUUUAGAUGAACGGGAAGGAAUUUUUAUCUGAAGUGAUUUUAAAGUACUUGUAAAAGCAAAGAAAAUUAAAGGUCAAGCUAGUUGGAAACUUUUUGGAUUCACCAAAACGUAUUUGAAUCACAACCUACAUUCAAUAAUAUGCAUUUUUUUAUAUUUCAGAUUUCUUUUUCUACAAAUCUUUUAUCCACGAAGUAAAUCAUCCUUUUCCUACCAGAGAUUUGUUCAUAGAGUAGGGGAAGAAAGACCUCCUGAAAGUAAGUAUAAUUUAAAUCUAAAACUAAAUGUCUGAUCUGCAAAGGGCAGUACAGCCCAUCUUCACCAGCUGUGCUCGUGCUAUAUGUGCUAAAAACAGUGCAGCGAAUUUGUGCUGGUGAUAUAAAAUAAAAAAUGUUCAAAUGCUCAAUGGGGCCUGACCUGGGCCCUCAAGGCAAGCUUGAAGGCCUCUGUGUUGGCAGCUUCAAUAACUGAGUAAUUAAAUUUGCACAUAUCACAUGCUUAUGUCAUUGUUCUCUAACAUCCUGAAUACACUCUAAAGAGCCUCAGAGGUUACUAAUAAGAAGAAUGUCUAAAGGUAUUCACCGUCCCUUUAAGGAAUCAAUUAAUAUCAUCGUCUUAAUUACCUUGGUCCCAUCUUCACAACUCUGCAGAUAAAAGUAAAUAAUAAUGUUCCUCUUAAUGACGUAGAUUUUUACUUUAUUUGCUUUUAGGUUUUAUUCUCAGCAGUCUUGAAAAGACACUGUUACUUUUCAUCCUAAUCUCUGUGCCUGGCUCUAUGUUUAUUGUUAUCAAUUUUUUGGAUCUCAUUCAUUUUAUUACUUGGGUAGGUACUUUGUAUGCAUAGUUUACUGGUAGUGUUAGAGUUUUAACUGCUUUUCACUGCUGCUAGAAAUCAUUUACUCUUGAAUUGGGCCUUUUAAUAAGCCUUUGAAAACAGCCAACAUUUUGUGAUGCCACCAGUGGUUGCCCGUAAGUGACGUCUGGGGAAUAAAUGUACAACUUCCUUACUGAUGAUACAUCACUACUGAGGUCUAGGUAUAAGUGCUUCUUACUGGAUGAAGCAAGUUUUCAACAGUUGAAAACUUGCUAAUUAGUAUAAUUAUUAUACUAAUCAGAGGCACUACCCAGAUCUGAGUCAUGAUGCGCCAUCAGUAUGGAAUUUCUUUUGCUGGUUCUUCAGUACUGUUACAUUUUGUGGGAAAAGUAGUGGUGAGGUUGCAAAAUGUCGGCUGUUUAAUCAGGCUACCAUAAUUUUAAUAAUUGUUAAGACUCAAUAGUUCAACAGUUAUUUGAUGUCUUAACAGGUGAAACUUCUGUUAUGUGGCAUUCUUCCUGUCUUUCUUUGUACAUGUCUGGACAUCAGAGAAGAGAUGGAAUUCUUAGGUGACUUCAAUAUUAUUAGUCUCCUGUGUAACCGUCUUUGUGUUUUAUGUUGUGCAAAACUGCAGCUCUUCUUGCUUGACACAGAGAAUUGUUGGGUUACAAGGUGACCACAUCUUUAUUGCGGACUGAGCGAACAGUGUAUAGAUGAAGGUCCCUUAAGGUUGUUUUUAUGUACAGCUAACUAAAUGUAAAUAAAAUUACCAUAUUUUACUUUUUCUUUUUUGAUUAAGGCAUUGAAGAAUGUUGAUCAAAAUUCUACACACACUUUUCAAACAGUUAUGAUUUGAUAUUUUUUACUUUUACUUUCCCCAGAAUUUUCCAAAGAUAAUGUAGCUAAAGUAAAAUUAGGAUGUGGCCUGGGGAGUAUGGUAAGAAACAGUCUGUUUGGCUUUUUUAAUGUACAAACAUACUGCAUUCAAGUUGAAAACUGAAGUUGCAUUAUUUUAAAUGGAACUUUUGAAUAUCUCAGUCUGUUAAACUCACACAGUUUAAACUUGUACCAGUAAUCUGUAUAUUCUCUUUUUGCCUCAUAGAGCGGUUUUCACUUGACUGUCGAAAGGGAUUGGUUUUGGUUUUGGUUUUGGUUUUACUACGCCCUUUGGUUGGCUAGUGUAUUUACUUUGGUUUUGGUUUUACGACAGUCAAGUGAAAACCGCUCUAUAUGUGUACAUGUACAUAAACAAUAUAUGUAUAGACAUUGUGUAGUAUUUCACCAACUAUUCAGUACUGUGUUUUUCCUUCAUCCUAAGGGCAUAAAAUGUUUUUAUAAAUUCAUCACUGCAGCAAUAUACCUCUCACUCAAGUACUUGUUUUUAUCUGUUUCAUAACUAUAUCAGAUCCUGUUGAGUGUCAUAUUAAUGUUGUCUGGCUCUGUUGGUGUGCAAACAUUCCCACUUAUGAUCGGGAACAUGAUUUGUGGGGUACUUAUUUGGAUCAUAAAUAGUCGAGACAAGUGGAAGGUAUGCUCUCCUUUCUGGUACUUUUCAAAACUCUUUUGGUUGCAUCAUAGGUCAGUAAGGGAAAACAGACUUUUAGUAUUAUUGCCUUCAGUGUACCAUUCUUUUCUGAGAGAGGCAAGUGUUUGACCUGAGAAAUACAUGUAGCUUCAGAUCAUAAAAUAUUAUACUCAAAGUAUCUUGAGGCCUGUUUAUUCGUAUAUGACUAUGUUUGUUCAUAAUUUUCACUUCAUGGUCCUUAACGUUUCCAUGAAAAUACUCUUCACUGUUGAAGUGACCCAGCUUAUAAUCAAAUGCUUUUUAGUAUGAAUUUAUUGCAUUUUUUGUAACAAAAAAUCUGGCAAUGGCUACAUUUCCUGACACAUGACCUUCUGUAAAUCAUUAUUGCAGGUUUACCAGUUUAUGCCGUAUGUAGGGCUCAUUAUUCUGACCUGCCUUGGACUGUUUACAAUGCCAUGGUCACUUUUGUAUCCUUAAUGACCUGCAUGAUUAAAAUCUUUGAUAGCAGAUAAUAAAUUAGACAAAAUUCAAUUGAAUGUUAGAGUUGUUAGUAUUUUGCUGAGGGACCCAUAUACUUUUAAAAAGUGAUGCCUUGGCCUGAAAAGUCAGAGGCUUGUAUAUGUUUUAUGUUUUGUGACUUUUGUGUUAAAUUUUCUCACAAGCAAACUAUUUCCCCUCAUUCUUAAGAGGAGUCCUCCUGCUGUCAGCUGAGGUGAUCCAUUAGUUUUUACAGUGAAUAACCUUUGGUUUUUGUUGUUGUUGUUUGUAUAGGAUCUUUUUUCACUGUUUUUUUUUUUUUUGCCCUUUUUUUUUUUAUGGGUGCCUGUUUUAACGUGCCUAUUUUCAAUUUUCCAAAAUCAAAAACAACGACUCACAACAAGAUAGUUUUUCAAGUCUCUCUAUUGAUCAGGAAAUCAGCCUAUAGUUGGGCUGCCUGUGUAAAGUGAGAAGUGGAGUGUCCAAUAUUAUGUCUUUAUUUCAGGGCUGUCACUAAGAUUUCAAGUUAUGAUGGGUAAACAGCUAGGGAAUUCCUUUGGUUCUAUUAUCCUAUGAAAGUAGCCAGUGGCCUGUUCUCAGUCGCCGGGAGAAAUUCCUGGCCCCUGCCUCUUAUUGACAGUCCUGUUAUUUUAAAUCCUCAGUGCUACCUAUGAUUAAAGGCCCUUGACAUAUACAUCAGUCAUCCAUUCCAUUUCUUCUCUCUACCGUUGUGGGGAGUAAACUUGCUUCUUUGCUUUGUUAGUUGUCUUUCAGUGGUAUGUGUUUUUGUUGCUUCUGCUGGAGCUUAUAGUGAAUGGUUAAAUCCUCUUUUGGUGAUUCACUCGUUAGGUAAGGCACUUCUCAACCUUAUCAUAAGAUUUUUUGUUGUCUUAUAUAAUUUUUAAAAAGAUAGCACCUUACUGACAGAUUACGGACAAAUCACCAACAGUUGGGUAAUAGCUAAGAAAUGCAAUAAGGGAGGAUCGAAACUCAGUAGAUGACUGACCGUUCACCCAUAACAGGCCAGAGGCCCGAUUUUAGUGCGCGCAGGAGGAGGCCUAAUCUCCACAGCAACCGCCGCAAAUCGGUUUCCAAUAACAGACAAGGUAAUUAGUUUUAAGCAUUCCUCCAGACACCUUUGGAGAGUGCCGGACACAUUUCCUGUCAAGGAACUUUGUACUUCUGAUUAAACGAACCAGACAUCUCAAGGAAACGCGAAAUUUGAUCAGACUAUUUGGGUAUUAUAAAUUCAUUUCACGGUCGAUUGAAAAUUUGGAAGUCGAUCUUCGCGCCUCUGGCUUCGCAAUUGAUAACUACAGUUUUCUCGCCGCAUUUGGAUUCAAAUAGGCUUGAUACGCUUUCAAUGGUUUUUCAAGUGCUUUUUAAGAAAAUAGUGCUCCGAUGGCUUAUUUAACUUCUGCCAAGAGUGGUAUGCCGUGUCAACAUUGGUGACCUUCGAGCGAAAACAGCGAGUCGGCGUAUCAAGUUUUUACUGUGGAGCCGCAAGUAGGAAUACACUCUCUGCUGGCACAUCUUUCUCCGGUUUGGAAGGAACUCAGCUUGAAAUGACCCUGACCAAAGAAAUUUUUAAAUCUUCUCUAUUUGAACGUUUGAGAAAAGCCGUCAACAAUGCACAUUUUAUAGUCGCCGGAGAAAACGGCGAGAGCUCGAGCUCUACUUCACAUCCCCUUGAGGAACAGCAACACCGAUUAUCUGAUUCAAUGGACUACCUUUUUGAUCAAACGGCGAAGGAUUCAAGUCUUUUUUUCUCUUGCUUAAGACGAUGUAAGCGUCGAUGUGCCUCCAGUGACAAAUCACUCUCCAAAAAAAGCCCGCCAAGCACUGUCGAAAUCCCGCCAAAAUCUUAUUCGCUGGAAGGAGCCCAAGACGCUGGAUUACUCCAGAUAUUCUAGCUUCCACUUCAACAUCUUCGUGUUCAAGGCGUGGGCGAUCUGUAUAAUCAACGUCACAGAUACAGUAUGGUUUCUAUAUCAGUCAUUUUAGCCUCCUUGAAAUGUCAAUCAUAAUCCAAAAAUUAUUAUUUCAGGUUACCUUUGUAUUGUUACUUGCUUUUUACUUAAUUAAUAGGCCACAUUAUAGGGCUACCCUCUCCCUCAGAGCUUACAGGCGGCGCCCCAAGAUUCUGAGGUGAAGGUAGUCUCUUUUUGAAAUGUCGGUCAUAAUCCAAACAAUUUUUGUAGGUUAUUUUUGUAGUGUCAUAGGCCAAAUUAUAGGGCUACCCUCUCCCUCAGAGCUUACAGCUGGCGCGCCCAAGAUUCAGAGGUGAAGGUAGUCUUUCUUUUAAAAUGUCGGUCAUAAUACAAAUUAUUUUUGUAGGUUGUUUUUGUACUGUCAUUUGUUUUUGAAAUAGGCCAAAUUAUGGGGCUACCCUCUCCCUCAGAGCUUACAGGCGGCGCGCCCAAGAUUCUGAGGUGAUGGUAGUCUCUCUUUUGAAAUGUCGGUCAUUAUCCAAAUUAUUAUUGUAGGUCAUCUUUGUUUUGUCAUUUGUUUUGAAAUAGGCCAAAUUAUGGGGCUACCCUCUCCCUCGGAGCUUACAGGCGGCGCGCCCAAGAUUCUGAGGUGAUGGUAGUCUCUCUUUUAAAAUGUUGGUCAUUUAUCCAAAUUAUUAUUGUAGGUUAUUAUUGUAGUGUCAUUUGGUUUUGAAAUAGGCCAAAUUAUGGGGCUACCCUCUCCCUCGGAGCUUACAGGCGGCGCGCCCAAGAUUCUGAGGUGAUGGUAGUCUCUCUUUUGAAAUGUCGGUCAUUAUCCAAAUUAUUAUUGUAGGUUAUUAUUGUAGGUCAUCUUUGUUUUGUCAUUUGUUUUGAAAUAGGCCAAAUUAUGGGGCUACCCUCUCCCUCGGAGCUUACAGGCGGCGCGCCCAAGAUUCUGAGGUGAUGGUAGUCUCUCUUUUAAAAUGUUGGUCAUUUAUCCAAAUUAUUAUUGUAGGUUAUUUUUGUAGUGUCAUUUGUUUUUGAAAUAGGCCAAAUUAUGGGGCUACCCUCUCCCUCAGAGCUUACAGGCGGCGCGCCCAAGAUUCUGAGGUGAUGGUAGUCUCUCUUUUGAAAUGUCGGUCAUUAUUCAAAUUAUUAUUUUAGUUCUUCUUUGUAGUGUCAUUUGUUUUGAAAUAGGCCAAAAUAUGGGGCUACCCUCUCCCUCGGAGCUUACAGGCGGCGCGCCCAAGUUUCUGAGGUGAUGGUAGUCUCUCUUUUGAAAUGUCGGUCAUUAUCCAAAUUAUUAUUGUAGGUUAUUUUUGUAGUGUCAUUUGUUUUUUAAAUAGGCCAAAUUAAUUAUGGGGCUACCCUCUCCCUCAGAGCUUACAGGCGGCGCGCCCAAGAUUCUGAGGUGAUGGUAGUCUCUCUUUUGAAAUGUCGGUCAUUAUCCAAAUUAUUAUUGUAGGUCAUCUUUGUUUUGUCAUUUGUUUUGAAAUAGGCCAAAUUAUAGGGCUACCCUCUCCCUCGGAGCUUACAGGCGGCGCGCCCAAGAUUCUGAGGUGAUGGUAGCCUCUCUUUUGAAAUGUCGGUCAUUAUCCAAAUUAUUAUUGUAGGUCAUCUUUGUUUUGUCAUUUGUUUUGAAAUAGGCCAAAUUAUGGGGCUACCCUCUCCCUUGGAGCUUACAGGCGGCGCGCCCAAGAUUCUGAGGUGAUGGUAGUCUCUCUUUUAAAAUGUUGGUCAUUUAUCCAAAUUAUUAUUGUAGGUUAUUUUUGUAGUGUCAUUUGUUUUUGAAAUAGGCCAAGUUAUGGGGCUACCCUCUCCCUCAGAGCUUACAGGCGGCGCGCCCAAGAUUCUGAGGUGAUGGUAGUCUCCCUUUUGAAAUGUCGGUCAUUAUCCAAAUUAUUAUUGUAGGUUAUUUUUGUAGUGUCAUUUGUUUUUGAAAUAGGCCAAAUUAAUUAUGGGGCUACCCUCUCCCUGAGAGCUUACAGGCGGCGCGCCCAAGAUUCUGAGGUGAUGGUAGUCUCUCUUUUGAAAUUAUAAUUGUAGGUUAUUUUUGUAGUGUCAUUUGUUUUUGAAAUAGGCCAAAUUAAGGGGCUUCCCUCUCCCUCAGAGCUUACAGGCGGCGCGCCCAAGAUUCUGAGGUGAAGGUUGUCUCUCUUUUAAACUGUCAGUCGUCAACCAUAGUAUUAUUGAAUUUUCAUUUUCCAGAGUUCAUAGUGGUACCUUCUUUAUAGUUUUACGUGAUUUGUGGCAAAGACAAGACCAGGCUAACAAAUUUAUUCUACUUUAUGCGUGGUGCGACAAUCACCGUGGCUGACUUGCCUCCAAAGUUCCUUUAUAAUUUGGACGCUUCUCAGGAGUUCCUUCACUGCUUGUAAUCCAGAAUUGGCGAUUCUCAGCAGCUUGAAGCUCUUGCUUUUCAUCAGUUGUUCCUUGGACGGCGACCUUUUCUUGUCCCGAGUACAAUAUCGAUUCUCGAUUCUCGACUCUCGAUUACCGUAUCUUGCUGGUGCAAGGUUUCGGCAACGGGACCAGUACUAAAACCAUUGCAGGAAUAUCACUGCCAAACUGCGCAACAGAAUGCACGAAAAACCUCUCCGGUAGUUGAAAAAAAAGAAAAAGAACCUGCGAUGUAAUUAGGUAACUUAUUCAUGGUGUUCAGCUUCCGGUUUAUUCAGCUUAUCGCCAGUUGUAGGCAAAGUUCACUCGCACAUUAUCGCAUUCUAACUGGGUCGAUUGUGAGGAAACUGUUAUGUCAGUCAUUGACUAAAAACCCCCGCGCGUUAAGCCUUUGUGCGACGGACGUCCCUUAGAAAUAUAAAUUGCCCACACUGAUCACCAAUUCUACUUGCAAAGUGUUGCUGAUUGAGUUCUGUAAUGUAUUCUAGAGUGUAAAUUUAGUACUAACCUCGCAGACAAGGAUGCAAUGAGACAUUUAUUUUGCGUAGUUAGGCCUGCUAUCCAUUGGGCAACCAUCCCUUUUAUUUUCUUUCGAUAGCCUGUCCAUGCACUAACCUUUGGGUACAGAAACUAGCUGCCUCUCGCUGUACCAAAACUUGAUAGUUUUGGCGUUCAAUAUUUUUAACGGAUGCUCACAAAACACCGGGACUGCAUCGUGCGCCUUUGGCGCUUUGGUAUCCUUCGAGCUUUGGUUCAUCGCGUUUUGAAAGAUGGAAAUUUUGAUAUUCCCGCGAAAAAGAAGACCGAUAAAACGCAUCUUUCAUUGACUACGGUGAAACGCCCUGAAAUGAAGGAUGUUUUGAAAGAAACGGGAAAACUGAUAAAAGUAAAUAUUUGUUUUGAUCAAGUGAAAUUAAUGAGAAAUAACCAUAAACUAGUUUUGUGUUUUUGUUUUUAAAAGCGGUUUGUCUGGUACCAGAUUUGUACAAUUACUUUGAAUCAAACAUGGAUCGGGUUUUGUUAAUUAUGACAGAAUGUAAUUAAAAAGCAUUAUGUUGACAGCUACAAGGCACAUGCUUGCCUUAAGCUGCGAGUAUCCCGCCAUGUUUUAAACAAAGGGCCUCUGACCAAGCCGGCAUUCUAAUCCGCCACAAAUAUGUGAAGCACGCGUCUUUCAAAGUCGCCUAGUACUUAAAAUCGGCGCUCUGGCCUGUUAUGAACUUAGAAUGAAAAUGAUGUGUGUGUUGGCUGGCCAACUGUUGUUCAACUGUCAGUGAACUGUCAGUAGACAGUCAGUUGUGGCAUUGCUCUUCACAAUUAUCUCUUAAUUGCAGGUUUUGUAUUGUCUGAAAAUAUUCUUGCAACAGAGAAGCUCUAUCCGAGUUACUCUUUAUUGGGAACUAUGCUUUUUGCUGGUUACAUCUCUGAAAGGUACUGCACAUUGUAUGACUGUAAAAUACUCUGAUUGUCUUUAGGUCUGAGAACAAGUAAUUAGUAUGUGUGUUUGCAUAAAAAAUGAAAAAGAUUCUCACUCCUCUCAUGGAAGAUUGCUGUGACUUUAAGGAGCGAUUGAUUUGUAAACUGUGUCAAACAUGUAAGGGAAAGAACUGAGCUAAAUCUGGAUGAUUCAUGGGUGGGAAGGUGGGGGAAAGUUAACACCUUCAGUAGUAAAGGACACAGGGAUUCUUCCUUAAAAAGAAAACAAUUUUAUUGUUAGUAGAUGGACAUUAUAAUUGAAGACCAACCUACAUGUUUACAUAACUUUCACAAAGCUUUUACUGCUGUAAGAGAUAGGGAGAGAGACAUUCAUUUUGCAGUGGGUGUAAUUAGCAGGUGCCAAGGUGUGUCUUCAAAGGUUCUUUAGCAUAAGCCCUGUCCCCUUAUCAUAUGACAUUCAGUUACAUCUGCAUCAUUAUGUGUAAACUAAUAAAGAUAAUCGCAAGUAUGAUUGCAGUCCAGAUUAGAUGACACAAAGUUGUGUUACCCGUAUUAAUCAUAACUAUAACAAAUUUGCAUGUGCAUGUGUGCUGUGCAAUAUUACUUAAGCAUGAUGCACACUGUUCCAUGGCGCUGUCUUGUUAAUUCUGAAAACAGGGCUACUGAUAGCCAAUCAGAUUUGAGAAUUUUUUCAAGUUAUGGUCAAACCCAGUAUACAUUAUAAUAAUCAUAUUUACAGGCUUCACAGUGUUGGCAAGCUGAACUUACAGUCCAUGUUACUCUGUAUUGCAAUCCAUGGUUCCAAGGUACCCCUGUGUCUCUCAAUGGUCCUUCCCUACUCUCCAGUAGCAGCCUCUGUAUUGCUUCCCAGUCUGUUCCUGAUUUCACCUUCAGUUCUGAUGUUUCUCUUUACAUUUGCUGUGGGCAAAGUUAUUGAGGCUCCAAGAGAUAUGACUUUGAACGAGGUAAAUUUUAUCCUGUGUCACAGAGUGGUGUUUUACUGAUUGACAUGAAGCUUUAAGAUGAAGGCAGUUUUAAAAGAAUGGGAUUUAUGCUCCCCCUUUUCCACCCAAGUUCCACUCCUGUCUUCUGUGCUACUAACGAUGCCAAUGAAUUGCAUCUUUGCAGUCAACAGUCAUUGCUUGGCAUCCAUUGUACAAUUGCUGGAGUUUUUGAAAACAUUAAGAAAAAAGGCAAAGCAGAAAGGGCUUAACAAUAGUUUGGAGUAGUUUUUGUUUUGUUGUUUUGUCUUGCAAGAAAAAUGUCUCACAUUAAUACCAUAGCUGUACAGGUACCAGGGUAUAUGCAGUUUUAUUAAUUAGUGCUGCAUUGAACAGCUAGGAAAUUCUUUUUUGUUCUUUUUUCCUUUUGCUUCCUAUAUAAGAAGCAGGAGGUCAUGCUCAAAGGGAAAUCCCCAGCCCCCAGUCCUUAGUGAACAGCCCUACAUAAAUACAUAAUAUUGGAGGUAUAUUGAAUUAAUUAUUUCUUUUUCUCGUCUUGAAAUCAAUAUUUCACUGCAGUCUCUCAGGAUUUGUCGCUUCGAUAUCUGCCCAUUUUUUACAUGUUAAUUCUCGAUAUCUUGUUCUUGGGAGGAGACAAUACCCCAGUUAUUUUGAUACGUAAAAAAUGUGCAAUCUAUCACACCCUUAGAUGACAAGAAAAAAAUUGCAAGUGUCACUAUAGUGUGAAGAAGUCAAAAUAAUUAAGUGUAUCAUUUUCCUUCUUGUUUCCGCCAGGGCUUAAAGCUCUGCAUAGUUUCAGGAAUUGCUACAAUUUUUGCCUACGAUGUCUUAAUCCUCCCACUGUGGUUCAUGAUGACCCAUAGAAUUCCUUCACUUCCUGAUGUAUUUGGUAAGUUUGUUACUGUACGAAAUUGCAAGUUUAAAAACUGUAGAAUAUAAUGAUAUAAAAGGAAAGAAAUUUUGCUCUCUUUUACACCAUUAUUUUUAGAGACAUGUCUGAAAUGAAUGGUAAACCAUUAAGUUUUGUUCACUAAAAAGUACAGUUGUUUUAUCCUUAAAGUUACCUUUCUAAACUGAACAGCCAAAUAAGAGCCACAGUAAUUUUUUGUUUCUUCUUUCCUUCUUUUCUUCUUCUACUCUAUUUUACGCGCAUUUAAGCGAUACCUUUGUUGGUAAAAUAUUGGGGUUUUGUCCGGAAAACUGUACGCGAUACCAAAAUCUGCAGUUUACAUACCCCAAACGAGACGACGAACAUUCCUGCAGUAAUGUUUGCUCAUUAUUUUGAUUACCUAACGUGAAUGUUCUCUGAUUUUCUUUCAGCUGCAGUUCUGUUCAUCUGGGGAACUUUGUGCCUCAAACUCUCUCACGUGCACUUCUCACAUAAUCUUUUCCUCAAAAGACUCAAUGUGCUUGUCCUUUGUACCAGUGUUUUGUUGGAGAUUCUUCAACCAGACUUAAACAUUUACAGGGUGCGUGUACCAUUUUCUCUUCUUCAAUCGAAAAACCUUCUUCUUUUAAUGUCAAAAGUUGGUUUGCAAACUAACUUUUACAAGUAGAUGAUGAUCAUCCUAGGUACUUGUAAGAUGCCUUGCUGUUUCUUACAAGUACCUAAGUUGAAAAAUUAUCUUUACCAUCAACAGAAAAUUUGCUGUCAAUGGUAAAGAUGAUUUUGAAUCAACCGAUUUUUUGAGGGAGGACAGGGGAUAAGAGCCCAAGGAGUAUAGGGGGCAGGAGGGGUACGGGAGGCUCAAAAGGAAUGAGCGGGAGGUUGAAGCUCUAAGAGGGCGGGAAAGUGGGAAGCCAAGAAAAAAAGGGUGGGAGCCCUCAGUGUUUAUGGGAGUAGGGAGGUUUAGAGCACCGUGUCCCCUGUUCCCGGCCGCUUCCCUAGACUCUUAUUAGUCAAAACGAGCAAAAGGAAAAGCGGGGCUGGAGUAGCAACGCAGUUAAAAUUAUAAACCUUAGGAUGUUGCACUUUUACGUACUUGGUGAAUGCACGGAAAAAUCAAACCUAGGCAAGGACUAACUAUUAUCGUCAUCAUAGAACUAGGAGUAACCUUGUAUCAUGCCCCUGGUACAGAAAACACUGAAGAGAGGGAGUAUUUUGACUUGUAUAUUUGUUUUACUCCUUAGGUGCUGCAAGCACUGUUUGUGUAUCUGGUGUGUUUAAUCUAUCCUCCAGUGUUUACUAUUGAAAAUAUGUUGCUGUCAGAGUAAGUUUUUCUAAAUGUUGAACAAAUCCUUUUAGGUUUUCUUAUCAUUAUGAUAAAGUCAUUUGUCCUUAUUUCUUGACUUUUCUUUUCUGAUUUGUUUGUCCUCAGAUCUAUUGUUCUUUCCUGGUUUAUUCUCAUUGCACUAACAGUGUUGAUAGCAGUACUUACAAAGGUGAUUACCUUGGAACAGUUGUCUUGGUCACAGAGAGUCGUUGUUGCUUCUGUGAUUGGUGUAGUUCCUGGACUCAAAAGUUCUGCGUUGGUGAGUGUAAAAAAAUCUCAUCUUAAUCAAGCUUCUACACGACACUUCAUGUAAGCGAUUUGUUUACAUUACUCUGGUGAAAAAGUGCUUUACAGAUUUAAAGGCACAGAGAACCAAAUAUCUUCUGAUCAGUGACUCUGUUUUAGGGGUUUGUAGUGACAAGUCAUCAGUAUGGAAUUUCUGCGCUCGUUUCUCAAGGUGGGUUUCCAAAGUCGCGUAAUUUUUGCGUGCGUAAAUAAAAUAGAGACAUUAGGGAGCUUAAGCAACAACGUUUUUGAGCGACCCACGUUAACCGGAAGUGGCCUUUUUUCAUUUUUUGACGGUAGUUUCGCGCAAAUUUUCAGUCAAAUCGCCUCUAUAACAGUAAAGAAGCUAAGGAAUACAAUUUUUAUAUCAUCAAGGUAUGUUAAGAGGGAAAAUACCUCACUUCCGGUUGACGUGCGUCGCUCAAAAACGUCGCUGCUUAAGCUCCCUAUUGUAGGAAAGGCCACGCGUAUACGUAAAAGUUUAACCUAGCUCAACAUUUACGCUUACGUGUGGCCUUUCAUACAUUGCCUCUAUCUCAUUCUCGCACGUAAAAUUUACGUGCGUUCGCACGGACAAAAUUGCGUAACAGUGGAAAUCAACCGUCAGACGAAUUUCGCGGGGAAGCCAAAAGUGGCGUCGUUAAAUAUCGGCUGUAUUCUCAGGCUAUGGUAGAGAGAGGGUAUACAAGGCUAUCGUUAAAUACUCCGAGUGGAGAGUUGAUGCUUUAGUGCACUUGUGGUUUGCUUUUUCCUCAGAUGGCUCCUGUGUUGCGCCCUCCAUUGUUUUGUCUCCUAUUUGGAAUUUCAUCUGCUCUUGUCUUGUAUCUAUUGAUGUCAUCUUGGAAGCCGAUAUUUGGACAGACACUUGUAAAUUUCAGGUAUUAGUAGAAAAUGGAAUUUAUUCGUUUGUUACUUUUCCGAGUGAGCAACUCGACAAAUACAACAACAGUUGUUGUCAAGCAUUCGCCUUGUUUCCUCUAACAAAAAUCUCCUCUAAAAUUUUUUUUCCCCAGCGACAUAUAUAGUUUUUAAUAGUUAAAACGGUAGUAUAAUGGCUCCCUGCUCAUGUCCUAGAUAAGGAGCCAUACGUUUACGUCUAUUUGUAAAGCAUCCGUUUCUCAGUUUUGAAUGACAUUGAUCGCAUAUCUACGUUUAGAUCUGUGAAACGUUCUAACCGUGCAACGUCGUGGAACGCCUGGGAAAUUACGACGGCAUUGUUCCCAGUCUUGCGUGUAGACUAAACAACAUGGCGUUCGUGGUGGAAAAUACCUCUUGAAAACUCCCGAAAAUGCCAUUUCCGAGACUUUAAAUUUCAAGAUAUCCCUAGAUGCCUUGGCCCUCAAGAACUUGUGCCUUUGUUACGAGUUCCAAAGCCGCCUACUAUUCAUUAACAGCUUGCUACUUAAAAACUUUUUGACAGCCCUGCGUCUAGGCUGAGCGCGUGGGGAUCCUGUGGCUCAUGCGCGUGCUUGUCUUCCUAGUUGUCGUUAUCUUAUUUUGGGACAUUUGUUUGUUAUUAUUAUUGUUAUUAUUAUUAUCGUCAUCAUCAUCAUUAUUAUAAUUAUCUUUAACUUGCAGUACUCCCUACUUACUACUCGGAGGCUGCUUUGUUGGUUGUCUAAUGUCAGAGAUGUUAAGCGGUUCCCGCCUUCAAUCACAUAAAGGUACGUGGAAGUGGAUGUCGUGUGCUAUCAGAUUUGGUUUGAUUUCUCAUUUCUAGUGCUCAGUAUCUGAAAGCUCUACAUUGUCAUUGUGAAACCUUUGAAGCUGUUUAAAUAAGAAAGUCCCAUGAUCUUAGACUUGGAAUUUUGAACAACCUUUUUUCUCUCAAAAGUAUUCAAAUAGCCCUUGUUAGAAUUCCUAGCUUUCUUUUUUCUAAAGCGAUUGCAUUUAAAAGCGUACUUAAGGAUACUAUUAGUUAAUUGCCUUGAUUAUAACUGUUUACAAAGCCUUAAUCUAUAAGACAGUAGGGUGUGCCGUGAAAGGCUAAACUCCUCCCACUAUUUUUGUCUCCGAUUUCCUUCUUAUAAAUUUGAAUAUCUGUACUAUCUGAAUUCGCAGGACCUCACAAACCGUCACCAGUCUCCCCGAGCUUGUUAUAUCACUUGUGUAUUCACCUUGUUUUGGGACUGGGUCUUAAGAGAGGCUCCGUAACACAGCAAGAGAGCCUGGUAAUUAGCUUAGCCCAGUGAAUAUCAUUGUUAACAUUUCGAGGUUUUUGCAGUUUCCCGUUUUUUUGUUUUGUUUUUUUUUUUUUAACAUCAGUUUACAUCAAGUUAAAAUUUCUUUUUCAAAUAGUUCUUCCGGAUCAUUAUACGUUUCUGGGAAACUGCCCACCUACCCCUCCCCUAAGCCAACAUAAACACUUACUUCUCACUGAGGGCAAAAUGUUGGCUAAGGGGAGGGGUAGGUGGGCGGUUUCGCAGAAACGUGUAAUGCGUUCUUUCAAGUGGACAGUAGCAGUACGAAGAAUUUAGAAAUGUUUUUGUACUAGAAGGGUUUAUCCUUUUUUUUUUUUUUCAAAAAUAUGCUUACUGUUUAGUCUGGUUGUUUGAUAAACGAGGUCUCCAAUUCAUACGGGAUUUGUCUAGUGGCAGGGUUGCAGCUAAAGAUAGUACCCUACCCCCCAGAAAUAAGGUUAUAGGUACUUUGCAAUAGCCUUAACACACGUAUCUUGCGUUGACGCAAAACAGAAAAAUGCAUGUUUACACGUUGCACUGUACACCCUGUUAAUGUUAAGAAAUUACUUUGAUGUCCUGCAUUUAUCUGGAAGCCUUAAUCGCGUGUAAUCAUGUAUCAGAUAUCGUCUAAUCAUUUGGGGUCAAGUAAAAUAUCCAAAGGACAACGUAACUCGCAUUUUCUGUGUCUAGCUUUCUGAAGUUAUUUUUCGACUAAGCAUUUUUUUUCCUUAUUUGCGUAGGAAGAGAAGAAAGGCAAACUUCCGUCUGGUCUUACGCUUCAGAGUAGUUCGUUUUUCGCCAAUAUUUCUUUAUCCACUGCAUUUCUGUUGGCUUUGCUAUGUUCACCAUCAGACUAUUGGGAAUUGUGGGUAGGUAGUUGGCUUACGCAGUUUAAUAAUAGUGAACUUAAGCAAAGACGUUUUUGAGCGACGCACGUCAACCGGAAGUGGUUUUUUUUCAUUUUUGGACAGUGGUUUUGCCCAUUUUUUAGGACAACUUGUCUCUAUAAUAGUUAAGACACUUAGAAAUACAAAUUUGGGAGCGUCAAGGUGCUUUAAAAUGAAAAAGACCUCACUUCCGGUUGACGUGCGUCGCUCAAAAACGCCGUUGCUUAAGCUCCCUAAUCGUAUUUAAAUACUUCCCUUCACAUGGCAUGUUAAUAUUUUUAACCCCUUUAUGUUAGCGCAAGUAAGAUAUUUUUGCGUUAUGGUCUCUUUGAAGUCAAUAAUUUUUUUUCUUCAAGCAGAAGAAUUUUAAAAAAAUGUGAAGCUCUUGAUUCACCGUGUACAGUUUUGAAAUUCGCAGUCGAGUUUAUAACAGUCGGUUCUGACUUUAAUAAGUACGAAGCGAAAAAUUGCUCACUCUUGCUCACUCUGGUUUGUGCAUUUGACUUGAAACUUUAGGAGGUCUGGGCUUGACAAAUCAUUUCAGUUACAGGUGUACCUAACUUUUUUUGACAGAGUUGAAUUUACAGAGCCGUAAGAUUAGAGGGGUUAAGCAUCACGUUUACGUCAAACGUCAAACGUGAAUUUCUACCACGUGACAAAGACUCCCUGUUGCUUGUCGCCUACUGUUCAUUAUCUCUAGACAUAAAUUAGUAGUUUCACCUAAUUUUUUUUCCAUAAGAAUUUUGUGAGCUUUUUUUAUAUGCUAAUUUUGUAUUUUGAGAAAUUCUCAACUUGAAUCUGACGUUAGCUGUUUGUCGUGUACGUGAAGCUUAAACUCUCUAGUACCAGAGUAUCUCGUUAUUGAUGUAUUGCAUGUCCUUCCAUUUACCUAUCUGCUAUUAUUGUCAGUUUACCUUUGACUCUCUACUUGCGUAUUCACCUACCUUCAAGGCAGUGAUUUGAAGAACUAGAAGCGAAAAAAGCGUUCGAGAACACAAAAACCAAUCAUACUCACCCCUUCUCUUUGGAGCACAGGCCACUUACUCCCCAGGUUAAAGUCGACUGAAAAAAUUAUGGUUAAUUAUGGAUGUCAGAAAAGAACCUUAGUAACGUCGUUUUUUUUUUUCUUCUAGGUGAGCUUCGCUGUUUUUUCAUUGCUGUUUUUAAGACCCGAAGGAACUCCCUAUAUUCAAGGUGUCAAGUUGCAAUUCACUCCGGCCCUACCGGUGGCUAUGGCUUUAGCGAUUUGUAUGUUUCCUAGAACAGUAACGGAGGCGUUACCUGUGCAAUUUACUUGGCUGUCCGUUAUUGGUAAGACAAACACAACAAAAUGUUCAUAAAAAGAAACUUAAUGGGGAAGGAUUUUCAGUAAUAGGUGAACAUAAUUGGAGGCAAAAUUCAGUAAGAUCGGUUUUAUUUAUUUUCACACCUUAUCAUUGUUUUUACAUACCUUUUCUUGAUGAAACAGAAAAUGCUCGGCUCUCACUUCCAGAACAGGCCUGGAGUUACUUGAAAACUGUAAAUGUCAGUUCCUGGAGUAACUAAAAGUGCUAAAACAUGGUCACAUCUUUCGAUCAAUCACCUGCUUCAUUUGUACACUGUAGCUCGGGAAAUUGUGAUAUACAAUAAAACCUCCUUAAUUCAGGCCCCCAAAAUGACAGUUUCCCAUGUCGAUGUCCUUUUUACUAAGUUGUCGCUAUCUUAGAGUUGGCAGUUUUAUGAAGCCUGUAGUAUAGUUAUCUUGGUUUGGUUAUAUAAAGCAAUUUUCUACAAACAACAGACCCGGUCUUUCUUUCUUUCUUUUGAUCCAGGUUAUGUUUUGGAGAUAUUGGCCCUGCUUUGUUCUUUGCCGACAUAUUUAGUGUUGUUUCGAGCACUAUGGCAAGACGGCGAGAUUUCAUUAGUUGAACAGCAGUUGGUAAUGUUUACUGCCCCCAGCAACGUCGUACAGCUUAUCUACUGCAGCAGUCUAUCGGCAAGAAUCUUAGGUUUCGUAGGAAUUGCCACAGUGUAUUGGUUAUUUAAUGAUGUAAAGAUUACAAAAAAAUAAAUAGGUA